AUGGAAGAAAAUGUUGAGACAAUCACCACUGAUGUCGAGCCUGUCACUGGUGACAAACGGCCACGUGAAGACGAGGAGGAACAUGAUGCUCCUCAGAGUAUGGCCCAGGUACCAAGACUGUCUCCGCAGGUCCAGACGAACAACCCCAGCAAUGCCAUGACCAACACCAAUGGCACUGUAUCUGGAGGAAUAAGCUAUGUGGCGUCCCCCGGAAUCAGCGGCGGAGACCUGAGCAUGGCGAACAAUGACGCCAUCUAUAUCGGAGAACUCCAAUGGUGGACAACGGACGAGGACUUGCGGCAGAUUGCUCAAAAUGUCGGAGUAUCCAUUGACCACAGAGAUAUAACAUUCUCCGAACACAAAGUGAACGGGAAGAGUAAGGGAGUUGCAUACGUGGAAUGUGGUAGCUUUGACAACGCCAACACCGUCAAAAAUUGGUUCGAGAACAACGAUUUCCACAACCGGCGUGCAACAGUCACCUUGACCAGUUCAGCGAAUGGAAACCCAUUUCGAACCCUGCCCAAAGAGCCUCCCGCUCGAGACAUGAGAAACCAGCAAGGCGGAAACGUUGCUACCGGAGGAGGUGCGGUGAGCCGUGGCAACUUCCGUGGCAACUACUCCGGCGGCGGACGUGGCGGGGGAAACGCUAACAACGGCAUGGCUCGUGGAGGCGUGCCGAACGCGAUGGGCAACAUUGGCAUGGGCGGUAUCGGCAUGAACCCAAUGGGCGGAGGUAUGAACAUGGGUAACAUGGGCAUCGGUAUGGGUAUGGGCAUGGGUGGCAUGGGCAAUAUGAGCGGUAUGGGCGGCUUUGGUGGCAUGAACGGAUUCAUGGGUGGAGGAGGUAGGGGCGGCAUGGUACCUCAAGGUCCCCGAGGGGGCAUGGUGAACAACCGAGGCGGCGGGAUGAUGGGGAGCAUGGGUAUGAAUUUCUAG